UUUCAAUCCUCAAAUACACAUGUCCGAGACUCCGGUCGAGCCGAACGCAGGCUCUACAAGCACAAGCUUCAGUGAACCCACGCCCAGAGGCCCACCGCCGUCCGUCACGCUAGAGCAGCCAGAGAUGCAUGCGCGCGUGUUUACGCCCGACCAGCUCAACGACGCGCCGUUCGUCAUGCUGCCCAGCGGCGCUCCCAAGGCCGACAUUCUCAACGGGGUCAAUCUAUGUGAAUCCACGUUCAAGGACAUGGUAUCCUGUCUCCGUCGAGGGAAAUCGGAGGCCAUCUGUCAGGAUCAGUUGCUGGCUUUUUUGAUCUGCCGGAAUCGGAGGAACGAAGCUAUCGCAAUGCGCGUACGUGAAUGGGAGACACAGCGGCUUGCGGCCAUGUCGCCACGAGAGCGGAGUGUGCAAGUCAAGUUGACCGACGUUCUGAUUCAAGAAACAAUUGUCAAGGCUGCUGAUGCGUGCGGCUCACCAGAGUUGCAAAAGGAGAAUGCACGGUUUUGUGCCCAAGUGAUGAGCGAACUUCGGCACUUCCAAGCCUGGCACAAGCGGCUACAGAGCGAAUGAGCCCCAGCAUCAUUCUCUCGCGCGUUUGUGUGCAACUGGCGUCA